GUGUUUUCCAGCCUCGCCCCUUGGCUUUGUUUCUACCUCAUCCGGUAUGUUUUGAUUCCUUAAUUCCAGCGUUUUCAAGAUCUAUUGAACUUUGUUUACACCGCCCCGUUGUCCUUUCGUCUCCCUGAUACCUGAACAAAAUCCUCUGCUGUUCUCGUCUACCCCUUUGGAGCGUUACUUGCUGGGCUUUAUCUGUGUUGAUUUUGUUGGAGCUUGGAUUUGUGUUUUGGAAUGUCAUCUGUAUCUAGCCAGCCUCAAUUCAGAUACACACAGCCUCCCUCUAAGGUUCUUCAUUUAAGAAACUUGCCAUGGGAGUGCACAGAAGAGGAACUGAUUGAAUUGGGGAAGCCAUUUGGUAAAGUUGUCAAUACCAAGUGUAAUGUUGGAGCAAAUAGAAAUCAAGCAUUUAUAGAGUUUGCAGAAUUGAAUCAAGCUAUUGCAAUGAUAUCGUACUAUGCGUCUUCCUCAGAACCGGCUCAGGUACGAGGGAAAACCGUCUACCUACAGUAUUCUAACAGGCAAGAGAUAGUGAACAACAAAACUACUGCUGAUGUAGCUGGAAAUGUAUUAUUGGUAACUAUUGAGGGAAAUGACUCACGCCUUGUCAGUAUUGAUGUCUUACACUUGGUGUUCUCAGCUUUUGGAUUUGUCCAUAAGAUUACGACAUUUGAGAAAACUGCUGGAUUCCAGGCUCUAGUGCAAUUUUCUGAUGCAGAAACUGCCACUUCUGCAAAGGAUGCCCUUGAUGGAAGAAGCAUUCCCAGGUAUUUGAUUCCAGAACUGGGACCUUGCUCCCUCAAAAUAACAUAUUCUGCACAUACUGAUCUGAGUGUGAAGUUUCAGAGUCAUCGUAGCAGGGACUACACCAAUCCUCUCCUUCCUGUUGCUCCCUCAGCCAUUGAUGCAAAUGGUCAGAUCAGUGUGGGUUUAGAUGGGAAGAAGCUGGAGCCUGAGAGUAAUGUUCUUCUAGCUUCCAUUGAGAACAUGCAAUAUGCUGUAACCUUGGAUGUCCUACACACGGUUUUUUCAGCUUUCGGCCCUGUGCUAAAGAUUGCAAUGUUUGAUAAGAAUGGUGGGGUUCAGGCUCUGAUACAAUAUCCAGAUGUGCAGACAGCAGUUGUUGCAAAGGAAGCUUUAGAAGGACAUUCCAUAUAUGAAGGAGGAUUUUGUAAGCUUCAUAUCUCCUACUCUCGCCACACUGAUCUCAGUAUAAAGGUGAAUAAUGAUCGCAGCAGAGAUUAUACAAUCCCGAAUGUCCCUAUGAUGAAUGCCCAACCCCCUAUGAUGAACUCUCAACCCUCAGUCAUGGGGCAGCAACCACCUUCUGUAGGAGGUCCAGGUGUUCAUCCAUACAAUGGGCCUACACAAUAUGCCCCAGCCCCUCAAGGUUUUGGUGCACCUCAGCAUUCAGCAGCAGGCUGGAACUCACCUGUUGGUUCUGCACCUCCACAAAUGCCGAUGCAGAUGCACAAUCACCAUUACUCUAUGCCAGCAAGUGGACCUCCUCAAAUGGGUCAUGGGAGGAUGCCAAUGCAUGGACAGAACGGCCUACCACAUUCCGGUGGAAUGCCUCCUUAUCAUCCACAAUAGCACUAGUGGGAACCCCAAAUUUCUAGACCAGGAUUACAUUUUGUUGCAGCAAGAUCUAAGCCAAGAUGUGCACUAAUAUUUUGGUCCAGACUGCAUAUCUUAGUUCUU